CAAAGAAUAACAAAAGUGCUCUUAUGAUCGUGAAGGAGCUUUUGGAAAAAGAAUGGGUUUCAUUCUCUGCUACUGAAAACACAUUUGUUAGAACUAACGGGGGUAAUAAAGUAUCACCAAGUGGUUUUUGUGAACUAACAAUUAAUGAGAUGGGGUGUUUGAUCUCUGGAAAAUUGCGAUUCUUUAACGUAGAAGUUAAACAACGUCAAAGGGAACUAGAGAAAGUGGUAAAUCUGAUAGUUAAGCAUGGAAAUUUCUACGUGUGCAAAAGACCUUUAUCGAUGUUCUUAAUGCGAAGCUGUGAAGACCAAUACCUGGUACAAGAUCGAUCUAAUAUUAUUAGAUCGUACCUGAGGCAUCUUAAACGGAAUUGGCUAACUGACAUUCAAACGAAUACUCUCAAGAAUAAUGAAAAUUUCCUGAAUAUACAGAAAUUGGCUUUCCAGUAUCUUUGUCAAGCGCGUCUGGAUGAAGGUUGUUACUUGGUGUCUGAGUGCGGUAAUAGAAAAGUAUUCUAUCAAGAAAUAGAUUUCACAAAGGAAUUUCAAGAAAGGGAGUCACUCCCUGUCAAAAAAGUUAUCUGUGGUGUUCAACAUGUUUUAAGUUCUCCAUCCACCGGGGAAGUUGUGACUGAAUUAUGGAUGGAGCCACCACAACAUUUUCGUGUGCAUGAGGUAUAUGACACUUUUGUCAAUCGAAUAAUAUCGAUUGAUAGGUUAAAACUAUCACAGUUGGUGACUUUUGAUCAAAUAAUUUCUAUCGUGAAAGCUCGGACUCAUGAGAGAUACUUCGUGCCCUCAUCAAAAUCAUUGAAUAUGCCAAGUUUAUUCAAUCUUCCGGCAUUGCUCUAUUCUAGUGAAUUUAAGAUUGCAAAUUAUCCCGUUCCCACCUUCUUAUCAAUAAAUUCGCAAUUUAGUAGUUUUCCCCGGAAGCAGCAAAAGAAAGAUUUCUCAUCAGAAUCAUUGCAUG